UGCUGCUAACAGCACCUUACAUAUCUGCCCCUCCCUAGCUCCCCACCACCCUUUAAUACCUCCACUCUUCCUCGCCCUGUUCGUUGUCUCUCCCACACAUUCCUCUUUCUUCCCUCUCUGGAUCUCUUCCCAACUCCAUUGUGCUAGCUAACUCACAGAUCAGCUGUCAACAAGCAAGAGAUCCCUCCCGUCCUGCCAUGAUGAACAUGAUGGCCGAUUUGAGCUGCGGAGGGGCUUCCAGUGGGAAAGAUCAGCCGGCCGGAUCGGCGUCGGCGGGGGAGGCGGCGGGGAGCGAGAAGAUGGGGAGGGGCAGGAUCGAGAUCAAGCGCAUCGAGAACACCACCAACCGGCAGGUCACCUUCUGCAAGCGCCGCAACGGGCUCCUCAAGAAGGCGUACGAGCUCUCCGUGCUCUGCGACGCCGAGGUCGCCCUCGUCGUCUUCUCCAGCCGUGGCCGCCUCUACGAGUACUCCAACAACAGUGUGAAAGCCACCAUUGAGAGGUACAAGAAGGCCAACAGUGACACCUCCAACUCUGGCACGGUCGCAGAAGUCAAUGCCCAGCAUUACCAGCAGGAAUCCUCCAAACUGCGCCAGCAAAUUAGUAGCCUGCAGAACUCAAACAGGUCCUUAGUGAAGGAUUCUGUCAGCACCAUGACCCUCAGGGAUCUCAAGCAGCUUGAAGGCAGACUGGAGAAAGGCAUAGCCAAGAUAAGAGCUAGAAAGAAUGAGCUGCUGUAUGCUGAAGUUGAGUAUAUGCAGAAAAGGGAAAUGGAGCUACAUAAUGACAACAUGUACCUCAGGAGCAAGGUUGCUGAGAACGAGAGGGGGCAGCAGCCGAUGAACAUGAUGGCGGCGGCAUCCACGAGCAGUGAGUACGAUCACAUGGUCCAGUAUGAUUCCAGAAACUUCCUGCAGGUGAACCCUAUGCAACAGCAGCAGCAGCAGCACUCCCAUCAGCUGCAGCCAACUGCCCUUCAGCUCGGCCAGCAGCCCUUCAACUAGUUUUGGUCUGGAAAGUACUGCAGUACACACGCUAGCUUUUGCAGAUGAAACCAGAAGGUGUCCGUGCAUGCAGCUGUCACCGUGCACAUGCCUGGAAUGCAGUAGCUCGAUUUACGGUUGUAUGACAGAAACUAGCAUUGUCAGGGUAUGGCGCUUGUAAUGUAAAUAUCUGCAUUUUCUCAUCAGUACUAAGUGCUACCGCUAGUUAAUUAGUUGAUCACCGCAAGCGAUCGACUUGGCACAAUCGUGUUGUAUCUAUAUAUCUUCUCCAUGUAUUAAUUACCAGCAAUUUGAAUUGUUGUGUGACCCAAACCCCAUUAACUCCAGAAAAAUUCUAAAUUCACUAAUGUACUCCAGGAAUUUACUAA